AUGACAUCAACAAGUGUAUCUACAACUAGUGGAACAUCAGUAUUAACAGGAAUCUUUGCUGAUGUACGAGUACAACUUACUCGAUACGUCUAUUGUCCAUUAUUUAUUCUUGGUAAUAUUGGUAAUAUUCUCAAUAUUCUUGUAUUUUCUCGAGAACCAUUGCGUACAAGUGUGUGUUCUAUCUAUUUUCUUAUCGUAUCUAUUGCUAAUCUUGUUUCAAUCAACAUUGGUCUUUUAACAAGAAUAUUAUCCACACUUGAUGUACCUGAUCCAUCUCGUAAUGUAGCUUGGUACUGUAAAGGUCGUGCCUAUAUAUCAGGAUUAUCCUUAACAAUUGCACGCCAUUUUUUAUGUCUAAUUGCCAUUGAUCGGAUUUUGAUGACAUCAACUCGUGCUUCAAUAAGGCAAUUAAGUUCUUUCAAAAUAGCAAGAUGGAUUUUACCAAUAAGUUGUUUAAGUUGGGCAAUUUUUUAUAUUCAUACUUUGGUCGGUUAUGAGAAUAAUCGUACUGGAACAAGUUGUGGUCGACAAGCAGGCUUUUACAGUACAUUCACAACUGUAUGUACCAUAUCUAUUGAUGCAAUCAUACCUAUUAUUAUUAUGACAAUAUUUACUUUACUGUUGAUGAAACAGAUUCGUGCACUACGAUUACGUCGAGAGAGAAACGCUGUUAUUACAAUAAGACAAGUGACUACUGUUAGAUCACAGAUGAGAACUACUACGACAAAUGCAAUUAGUUAUCAAGAUGGUAGAAGUCAAGAUUUCAAUGGUCAUAACACAGAACGACGAAGAGAAAAACAGUUAACUCGACUUUCAUCUGUACAAGUUCUCAUCUAUAUUAUAUUCAAUUUACCUAAUGCUGUUUAUGUUGUUUACAUGUUGAUUGUAACUAAUGAAAAGAAAACAGCUGAUCGAUCGGCAAUCGAAAGUUUUACUAGUUUAUUCGUAUCCAUCUUAACUUAUAUUUAUUGUACGCUCAAUUUUUACAUCUACACUUUAUCAUCGGCAACAUAUCGAGCGAAAACGAAACAAAUUUUUCAACAAUGUUUCCAGAGGCGACACUCAACAACAAUUCAAAAUUACCAAAAAUGCCUUAACACAUUCUCAAAAAUAGUUCUAAAAGCGUGUUUGUUGUAA